AUUGCUCGUUACCGUGUCUGGAUAUUUGAAGACUAACAGGUCAUUCAUAGACACAUCCAGUGAGAUCGAGGCAGGAGCACAGACAACCUCAGGUUUGAUUAAUUAAUCCACGGACUCCGUGUUCUGUGCACCAUGUCUGAGUACAGCCCACUCUCUGCCUCGCUGUGGACUUCUAUUCUGUGCUCGGCUUUCAGCGUGUGGACUCUGGCUGGAGGUGAGGUUGUGGUGAUUGGUUCAAAUCUUCCAAUCAUUGCUGCUCCGGGUGAUGAUGUCAUCCUGCCGUGUCACCUGGAGCCCAUGUUCGAUGUCCAGGGUCUGACGGUGGAGUGGUCCAAACCCGACCUGAAGCCCGACCCGUCGGACCGGCUGAGCCGAGUGAAGUACGUUCACCUGUACAGGGACAGGAAGGAGGUCCCCGACAUGAAGAUGGCCUCGUACUUCAGGAGGACGGAGCUGUUCAUGGACGACAUGAAACACGGGAACAUUUCACUGAAGAUCCUGAACGUGUCGGAGGAAGACAACGGCAGAUACAGAUGUUUCAUCCCCAAGCUGCAGAGCAGAGUGAAAGCUGCUGUUGUUGAACUUGUAGUCGAUCCAAACCACGUUAAAACCUCAACGGCAGAGACUUCGCUCCAAACGCAAGAUCAUCAGGACAAAACUCUAAGAAACGGGUCUCCUUGGUCAUUAUUGUCAUCGCCUUCAUGUCCGUUGCUGCUGUCGCUGCUUUCUUUGCAUAAUUCUAUUAGUGCAUUUUUUUAGACAUUAAAAGUAAGAAACAAACACAAA